GUCGAAGGAAAGCUGUCAUAGCAACAAUAACAAUAACAAUAGCAACAAUAACAACAACAAUAGCAACAACACAAUAACAACGACAACAACGAUAACAGUAACAGCAGCAACAGGAACAACACCAAUAACAACAACAAUAACAGUAACAACGAUAACAACAAUAACAAUAACAACGAUAAUAACAACACCAACGACAACAACGAUAACAACAAUAACAGUAGUAAAAAACAAUAACAAUAACAACAGUAACAAUAGCGACAAUAACAAUAACAACAAUACGGGAUAG